UUAGUAUGCGAGUAUGCGUGAUUGACAGCAAACGGCGCAAUGAGAAGCGGUUACAUGAAUCUUUAACGAAUGUAGUGAUUUUACUGUCCAAUCUUAGUGUAGAAACAAGGCGGGACUUAGCGUUACUAAGGCAAGUCUUGAGUCAAGUAUAAAGGGAAUAACAUGGUGUCCCAGUGGCUGUUUAUGUUUACUUAAAGAACAGAUUUGAAAGGGCGUUUUGCAAGACACAAUGGAGUUUUCUUUGUAGUUACACAGUUUUUUGUACUUUAAGUUUUUUUAUGUUAAGAUUUACAAGGCCAGUGGCAUGUAAAUCUCAUAUUUCACUAAUGUGCCAGUCUUACAAAUGGAAAGGGGGCUUCACUUUGGAAACGUGAGCAUUUCCCUGGUGCUCCUGCUGUUGCUGAAAGCGCUCAUCGGAUUCGGGACUUUGCAAACUCAGAGCUCCGCCAUCGGGAGGGAGCCGCAGUCCGCCACCCGGGGUUCGGGUUCGACCUCGGAGAAAGAUGGUGCAAGAGUCAUGGAGCGGGGCUUAGAGAACGUAGGUGCCCCGGUCAUUGUAGCAGACGUUACCGUGGAGGACGACGAUAACGGAUCGGCGGGGGAGGCCGACGAAUCACAUUCAGAAAGUAUCGGAAGCGUCCAACCGACAAGGUCUCUUGUGAUCAUCAGUACCCUGGAUGGGCGGAUCUCGGCUCUGGAUCCUCACAACCAGGGCAGGAAGCAAUGGGACCUAGAUGUCGGCUCAGGGUGCUUGGUGUCCUCAAGCCUCAGCAAACCUGAGGUGUUUGGCAAUAAGAUGGUCAUCCCUUCACUGGACGGUGCCUUGUUUCAGUGGAACCGAGACAGGGAGAGUAUGGAGGCAGUGCCUUUCAGUGUGGAGUCCCUGCUGGAGUCAUCCUACCGAAUUGGAGAGGACACUGUCCUGGUUGGGGGCAAAUCCCUUACUACCUAUGGCCUGGGGGCCUACAGUGGCAAGCUUCGGUACAUCUGCUCUGCGGUGGGCUGCAGUCGCUGGGGGGAUGAAGAGAUGGAGACUGAAGACGUGCUCCUGCUGCAGAGGACUCAGAAGACUGUGCGAGCCAUCAGGCCCCGAUCAGGGAUGGAGAAGUGGAACUUCAGUGUUGGAAACUUUGAGCUGAAGCUCCUUCCUGAGACACAGUCUGGAAUGAGCUUCCUGGAGGGAGAAGUUGCGAAUGGCGACGCCUGGAGGGAGAGUCAGCGGGUCAUCACUGAUGAACCAAAAGAGAGAGAGCAGACGGACAACCAGCAAAACCAGAACCAGCAUCUGGACCUCGUCAUCAAAGUGUCUGUUCCUGAUUGGAAGGUCAUGGCCUUCAGUACCGAGCCUGAUGGACAGCUGGUUUGGGAACGUCAGUUCUGCACACCCAUCGCUUCGGCUUGGCUGGUGGGCGGCGGUAAAGUCACACCAAUCACCCUGUUUGACGACAAUGCCUACAGCAACCAGUCGGAAACUGAUGACGAGGAUGAUGACAGUGAUCCUAAGAAGGCCAGAGGAGCUGCAGAGUCCAGUGUUUACCUUGGGAUGUUCCAGGGACAGCUCUACCUCCAGUCCUCAGUGAGGAUCACCGAAAAGUUCCCUUCCAAAGCUAUCGGAUCGGAAAACGACAUAAUUCCACUACCCACUGUCAAAUGGAAGCCUCUAAUCCAUUCCCCAUCUCGAACACCAGCCCUGGUCGGCUCUGAUGAAUUUGACAAGUGUCUGAAUAAUGACAAGUUCUCCCAUGAAGAAUACAGCAACGGAGCCCUGUCCAUCCUUCAGUAUCCAUAUGACAAUGGCUACUACUUCCCCUACAGCAAGCGUUACCGCGGGAAACGUGACAGUGCUGUAAGCCUGAUAAAAGGAAAUGGGGCAGGAGCUGAGAGUCGCAGGAGAAAGGACCCCGUGCUGCUGCUGCCCUGGUGGAAAGAGAUCCUCGGCACCAUCGUCUUCUGCAUCGCCGCCACCACCUACAUCGUCCGCAAGUUCUUCCACCCUCCCGCCCCUGUGGCCUAUGUGAGGCAACGGAAAGAGUCAGAGACACAGUGCCAGACAGACAGCAAGUUUGACCUUGAGAUUGUGGAAUCCAAAGAGCCGGUUGCUAUGGAGACCCGUUCCAGCGAAUAUGUGUCCAGGUACCUGACUGACUUUGAGCCGGUGCAGUGCCUUGGCCGCGGGGGGUUCGGUGUUGUGUUUGAAGCCCGCAACAAAGUGGACGACUGCAACUACGCCAUCAAAAGAAUCCGUCUGCCCAACAGAGAGCUGGCCCGUGAGAAAGUGAUGCGAGAGGUGAAGGCCCUGGCCAAGCUGGAGCACCCGGGGAUUAUCCGCUACUUCAACGCCUGGCAGGAGAGCCCCCCCGAGGGCUGGCAAGAGGAGAUGGACCAGAGGUGGCUGAAAGACACCAGUACUACCGACUGGCCAAUGAGCUUCCUUGACCACAUGGAGGCGCUGUCAGUCAAAGUUCCAGUGUCCAGCUCAGUGUCACCUGUCUCUGGGCCUGAAGGAGACGCUCUGGAAGCCUCUGUCGAUGCGCGGGCCCUGCUCUCCAGCAGUGUCGAUGGUUCUAUAGGUUUUGGUGUUGACACUGGAGACCUGUCCUUCCACCCGCUGCUGGGCCAUGACAGCCUGAUGUCUGAGAGGGACAGCCAGGCCGACCCCGACGCCUCAGACACCCCCCACUCCUUCGAGCUCUGUCCUCCACGUGGCCCCAGCGACUGCACCUCUUCUUCCUUUGAUAUCGUGUUCGAGGACUCGGGCUGUGACCGAGAUGCCGACGCAGACACAGACUCGGCUUCUGGUGCAGCCAGUCCAGGCACGCUGACGGAGAAGAACAGCUCUUCUUCCUCGCACACCAGACGACAGGAAUCUGUCCCGCCCUCCUCUUCCUCUCCACCCCGGCCAACCUCACUUAUCCUGGCUCUCCCCCCAACUCCUCCAACCCAGCGAGUCCAGCCUUCUCCCAAGGUGUACCUGUACAUCCAGAUGCAGCUCUGUCGGAAAGAGAACCUGAAGGACUGGAUGGCUCAGCGCUGCCUCCCGGAGCAGAGGGAGCACAACCAGUGUCUGGAUAUCUUCCUCCAGAUUGCAGAGGCCGUUGAUUUCCUGCACAGCAAGGGGCUCAUGCACAGAGACCUCAAGCCCUCCAACAUUUUCUUUACUAUGGAUGACGUGGUGAAGGUGGGAGACUUUGGCCUGGUGACGGCCAUGGACCAGGAGGAGGACGAGGACGAGCCGAGCGCCCUGACGCCUGCCCCACUCCUGACCCGACACACGGGCCAGGUUGGCACCAAGCUCUACAUGAGCCCAGAACAGCUGUCUGGAAACUCGUACUCUCACAAAGUGGACAUUUACUCUCUGGGUCUGAUCCUGUUUGAGCUGCUGUAUCCUUUCAGGACCCAGAUGGAAAGAGUGAGGACACUGACAGAGGUGAGAGCACUGCGCUUCCCAGAGGUUUUCUCCAAAAACAACGUUCAGGAGCUGAGUAUGGUGCGCAGCAUGCUGUCGUGGAGCCCCGGCGAGCGUCCUGAGGCAGCUGAUAUCACAGGGACUCCCCUCUUCCAGGAGCUAGAGCUGCCUUGCCGACUUGCCGUGAGGCAGCGCUCCCGCACCUACAGCGCCUCAUCCAUGGGACGCCCCUCGCGCCAGACAUCGACUACCUGAAAAUCCCAUGACGCAAUAUGUAACCCUCAUGCCACAAUCCCUGUUUCCCUUUCAUCCCCUUCUGGUCUGCCGCCCAAGAUAAACACCUCAGCCCCAUGCCAUCACACACUGCCUCAGACAGAAUCACUUUAAACGUCAAGUACAACGAAUGUGCGGGAAUUUAUCUCGGUGGCUUUAGAGCAGCGAAGCUAAGUCCUGCACAGUUGCUCUCCUUGGCAAAUACACAUGCCAUUACAUAAUCGCACACCAUUAUGCUCCCCACGUUCCCAAUCUUAAUCACACUUACAAGUGAAAGAAUAUUUUAAAAGCGACAGCCGUUCUGUAAUGUUCACGACCAGACUUGGCUCAAGUGGUACUUGCAAAUAAUUCCUAGUGGUUAUUUCAAAUUGCUUUGAGUAUCAGAUGGGCAGUGUUUACUGCAACCAGUCAGCUCAGUGUAGACUAAGCUGUUAUUCACAGAACAUUAUAACUAAUUGAUUAUGAAAUGUUUACCUGUGAUUGUCUUAAACAACAAACUCAAUCAUCUGAUACUCUGAGAUAAUUGACAGACAUGCAAAGAACUGUUUAAGAUAUGAUUUGAUCCCCGUCUGGUCACAACACACUGCUUGCGCCCUACAUUCAGCCAGUGUUCACUCACCCACACUACACCUCAGGUAUCAAAACCAAGAGGACACUCCAAAGGGGCCUUUGAUGCUUGAUCAUCCUAUCUACUAGUGACUAGUACUGCUCACUGGUACGAGCACUAACUGGUGUUCUGACACCCAAUAUGCCUGAUUUGGGAGACCAAAAAAGACCAUCUUUUUUCCUAUGUUUUUUUUAAUUGAGAGAAGGUGAUGUAUUGCAUAGAGAAGUUGAUCAGAUAUGAUUUGCCUUUAGAAAGGGGCCUGCGGCCCCCUCUGAAUGAAUGCUGAGCCUCUGGCUCAUGUCUUUUUUGCAUGUACCUGAUGGGAAAGUGAAGAGGUGAGUGUGAGUUUGUUAUCUUAAAGCCAGUACUUGGAAGCAGUUUUUCUGUGUGUAAAUUUACACAAUGACUCUGAGGUGCUCAAUCAUUUUUCAACACCUCCUCUUUGCUCUGUGUACAUAAUUGAAGGGAAAAAAUCUGUUUAUAUCUUUUUCGUUAAUUCAGAAGAUAUGUUUGAUCAAUCCUGUACAUAUUGUAAGGCGCUGUUGCUUGUAAAUGGGUUUUUCAUGAGGCAACUGUAAGAUAGUGUGAUAUACUGUGGGAGUGGGAACAAAGAAGAGACGAUCUCUGCCAUUAACGGAUAGCUGAAUGUUACAGUGUGACCUCCAGAGACAGAUGAUGGUGGUCACCGCUUCUAGCUGUUUCAAAUUAUUCUCAGUGUUUGUUUUCACGCGUGGGGUACCAAGUAAAAUGGGUUUGCCCUGCUUUGAGCACCAGAGGAGAGCCCACAGGACCAGAGUGCCAUUUGGAAGUUGGUUAAGUGUACUUUUCUGUAACUGAUAACUCACCUCACAUUUUUGGAAUUGUGCUACUGUGCUCCAACCCCAUCCAGCUGGUGUUUCCGGCCAAGCACGACAAACACAAAUACUGAGGUCUGCAGCUCUCCCAUGAUGCAGGAAAAAUAGCAUUUAGUCAAGAAGAUGAUACUGUUUUAUCCCCUCUACAUUGUCUACUGGGGACCUGGACCUGAUGUUGGUCAUGUGAUCCACAUAAGCAUUGUUUUAUGUACAUAAGAAGUGCUGGGAGAGUCACAUGACCCAUUUGUAACUACACACACACAAACUGCUAAUUGUAAUGUGCUUUCAAUGAUUGUACUUUUCUAAGGAUCUUCUCUUCUUUCUUUUUUUUUUUAAAUAAGUGCAGUUUUUUGAUUAUUCUGCAGGGUUUUUUCAUUACUGUAGUCUGAUACAGGAAGUCAAACUGAUGUUUGUUCAUCCAUCCACUCAGCCCACUGAAGAUGAGCCAUUCUUGUUGUAAAAUUAUCAAUUCUCUCUUCAGAGUUUAAAACAGACUGUACACCCACCAUGAUAAGGGUGGAAACUGGAAGAUUUGGUCCCAUAAUGACAUAUCCUCAAGUUAGGGGGGAAAUGUGAAAACUCAUGCCGCAAAUCCAGACAAAAGUUGCUUUGUGAACGACAGUAUGUAGGUACAGUUACUUAAGAGUAAGUCCUUUGUUGACAAUGUAACACCUUUUGUAGAAUUAAUGUUAGAUAUUUCAAAGGAAUUCAAUAAUGGAUCCAGGGUAAAUCCUUCUUUGCCACAAAAUUAGCUGAAAGGAUUUGGAAACUUUUUUGUCCUCCAUUUUAUAGACAUCAAUUCCUGAUUUAAUUGUGAUACAAAGACUUGUUUGUGGACGAUUUACAACCAGACAGAAGGAAACUUUCACAACUUAUAUCACCUACAGUAGUAAAUAGCUUGUCAGCUUCAUACUAUUAAGACUGAAAACAGCAUUAUUGACAAUAGUGUAUUAUUGGAGGUUCUAUAGAUUUUCUUCUUUUCACUCAAACCAAGAAAAUGUAAUUAUACAUUAUGUUUUUCAUGCUUUGUUGAAUUGGGUUUAUCCUCCUUCCACUCGUACCGUCCAGAUAGCUUUUCCUGAGGAUAGUUCAGUUGAAAAAUAAGACCCCCCCCCCCUCAAUCUCUGAUGCCUGUCUGGACAUUUAGUUGCGUGUUCUUGUGCGCAAACCCCAUUCUCUGUCCAUGUUGAAUUGUAAAUAUGUUUAUUUGCUUUAUUUAUGUUUUAAUGACAUGAUCAAUCCUUUUUGGGUUGGUGUUAUUAUGAAUGCGCUUCAUGCGAUGGAGCGCGUUGGAAUAUGAUGACUUCUUACAAGUCUAAAUUUAAUAAACUGUUCUAUACCGUU